UCCCAGGACUGACCUGGGCUGUCAGACUUGGGUGGCAAGCACUGUAACCUGCUGAGCCAGCUCCCUGGUUUACAUGUAAUAUAUUUAUGAAGUAAUAACUCAAAAGUCAUAUGCACAAUUACAUCUAUAGAAAAAGUUAAUUACAUAAACCAAAGAAAGGGGAGAAUGGCAGCUAUCUCUCUGUUGUUCCAAUGAUGUUCUUUUAUUUUUUCUUUCAAGGCUUUUCUAAAAUGGAGUUGGCAGGAUGGCUCAAGGUAUAUAAAGGUGCUUGCCACCAGGUCAGACAAACUGAGUACAAUCCUGCUUGGUGGAAAGAAGAAACUGAUUUUUUAAUGUUGUCAUGUAUCUCCACAAACAUGCUAUAUGACACAUGGGUAAAUGCACACACACACAUAUAAUAAUAAUAAUAAAUGUAGAAAAGUAUGUUUCUGGAAUUAACAACAAUAACAGAGUAAACCACAACCCAUCAGAUCCUAUCUUGUGUUAAUUUCUGAAGAUGGUCUCACAUGAUAGCCUAGACUGGUCCUAGAUUCACGACAGACCCCAGCCUGCCUCCAGCUGCCUCAAGUUCAUGGCUUUCACCCUCCUUCUGCCUCCCAAAUGCUGGGACCACAGAUAUCUACUGGCCACUGUAUUGGGAAUUUUUAAAUUGACAGAUAUCUUAGCAAGAAUAUAAGCUGCAACAAUAUUAUUUAAUUGUACCUUUGAAAUGCCGGUGUCUAUGGCUAUACUAAACAAGUAUCUGUUACAUGCCUUACUGUCUUAUGUCAUAAACUCAGCAUCAUUUUCAAGACUUUAACACUGGUAUUUUUUUAAACUAUUAUAAAACGGAAAAGUCUGGGGGUACUUCUAGUAAUAAAAGAAAAAGCAGGCAAGGUAUUUAUGAUGGAUAAAUAAAAAUAUCUUCUCUAAAACAGUAACUGACAAUUAAGUUACUUAAGAUAGAAAAAAAAAUGUUUUCUUAAAAAAAAAAAAAACUUCCUCAGGAGACUUUCAAACAGCUUAAACCAUUUGCAAACCACAGUUUCAUCUACGUCAAUCUGUAACAUUUUAAAACCACACAAAAAGGAAAGGAAAUUUUUAGUUCAGCAGACAACCCUGCAAAAUGGGACUGCCAUCACUCUGGCUAGCUAAACAGCUCACGUUUCUCUGAAGACCCGGACCCAGGCCUGGCUCAGAGGACACCACCAGAGUGCUUGGGAAGAAAGUUAAAACUAAGAAGUUUACUGCAGCUGUUUUACGUGAAAACAUCUAAGAAUAUUCCUGCCACAUAACCCUCAGAGCCGUGGACGGUUAUUUUUAAAUAUUGAACUCAAGCUUAUCUCUGAAGAUGACAAAUAGUUCACUGUUCUGUCCCGUUUACAGCGAUCUGGAACCAUUUACAUACUUUUUUUAUUUAGUUUUCCUCAUUGGAAUCAUUGGAAGUUGUUUUGCAACAUGGGCUUUUAUACAGAAAACCACAAAUCAAAGGUGUGUGAGCAUAUACUUAAUCAACCUGCUUACAGCUGAUUUCCUGCUCACUUUGGCAUUGCCAGUAAAAAUUGUUGUUGACUUGGGUGUGGCACCCUGGAAGCUAAAGAUAUUCCACUGCCAAGUAACAGCCUGCCUCAUCUACAUCAAUAUGUACCUCUCUAUUAUCUUCUUAGCCUUUGUCAGCAUGGACCGCUGUCUUCAGUUAACACACAGCUGUAAAAUAUACCGAAUACAAGAACCUGGAUUUGCAAAGAUGAUAUCGACUGUCGUGUGGCUCAUGGUCCUUCUCAUAAUGGUGCCAAACAUGUUGAUUCCCAUCAAGGACAUCAAAGAAAAGUCAAACGUAGGUUGCAUGGAGUUCAAAAAGGAGUUUGGAAGAAACUGGCAUCUGCUGACAAAUUUUAUAUGUGUGGCAAUAUUCUUAAAUUUCUCAGCCAUCAUUUUGAUAUCCAACUUCCUUGUAAUUCGGCAGCUCUACAGGAACAGAGACAACGCAGACUGUGCAAACGUGAAGACGGCUCUCGCCAACAUUCUCUUGGUGACAGUCAGUUACAUCAUCUGCUUUGUUCCGUACCACGCUGUCAGGAUCCCUUACACCCUCAGCCAGACAGAGGUCAUAUCUGAUUGCUCAACUAGGAUCUCCCUCUUCAAAGCCAAAGAGGCCACACUGCUCCUGGCUGUGUCCAAUUUGUGUUUCGAUCCAAUCCUGUACUAUCAUCUCUCAAACGCGUUUCGACUGAAGGUCACUGAGACUUUUGCCUCACCUAAAAAGGCUAAGGCUCAGAAAGAAAACUCAAGAUGUGAAAGUGAUGUGUAAAACACGGGGUUUCGCAUACCAGCCCUGCCUUCUGACUGAACCACAAAGCUGGUCAUAGUUUUCACAGAUCAAAGAAGAUAGUUAGUAAUAAAAGCUGCUGAUGGCUAGCAAAGCAUGUGGGAAGUCCUUUUCUCAAUACAAGCCCGCCCUGUCCUCACACAGUAGCUGGUAUUCUUUAGCCCAAAUAUCUGCACAGGAAAGUUAUCAGAGCACAUUGAACCAAGGUCAACCUGAAUGACCAACGUGAGGAGAGCCAGGGCAGAGACUGAGACUUGCUGCAAUGGCUGCAACUCACUUCUUGAUGAAUACAUGCCAAUUAAUCUGCAUCUAAGCUGCCAGGAAACUCGUCAGCAACACAACCUUUAAGGUCUUCCACAACCUAAAAAAU